ACAUCCCGCAAGAUAACCCACCCACUAAUAAUUCGACGGAUAUUCCGAUAUUCAACAUACUUGAAAUUGUGUCGCCUCAACCAGAGAAAGAAACGUCGGAAAAUAUUGUAGAGUCGGCUAAGAUUAUUGAAGCUAGCGAUAAUCGUAGUUCAGAUAUACUUACGCGAAUGGGAGGAUGA